UGGUGUUUACAAAACAUUUUCUUCGUCAAUUCCUAACAAAAAUUUUAUAAUUGACAGCAAAUAAAAAAACAUGUCGGUCGUAGGACCUGAGUUUUAUCAGUUUAUAAAGAAAUUGGAAGAUAAUGGCGAUAAACUACCGCCCGGUACGCCAAUUGAGGAACCGCUGGAAUUUGAGUUCAAUAAUUCAAGCUGCUACCUUUGCAAUGGCUAUUACGGCCCUAGUUUCGGCGAACCGGUCUGUGUAACUUGUCAUGCGUUUCUCUUCCCCGAUUUUCCGUCUUACCUCCCAAGCUCAUAUUUCUGCAGCGAAAAGACAGAUGACGGAGACUCUGGAAACGAUGAGCCGUCAGAUUUAAACUACAGCUCCGAACGCAGAGUCAACAAAUCCUUCCCAUUACCUGCUUGGUGGUAUUACAGAAAUUCAUUGGACAGUGAAACAAGUCCAGAGGAUGAUGGGAGCCGUGCCAGCAACUCUGGUCCCGGAGCCAGUGGUAGUGGUAGUGGAGGGAGCUGUUCAGCCACCUCGUUGGCUCCACAGGAGGGGGCUGAGGACCUGGCUGGCCAUGGCCCUCCCCCACAGCCACCGAGCUUGGCCCUGUCCCUGCAAAUACUCUCCACUCCACGCAUGCCAGAUAAUCUCCCACCUGGGCUGGUUGAACACUUGCCAGCGGAAGUGCUCCUCUGCAUAUUCCGCUACCUGGACGACUUAUCGCUGUGCGCGUGCGCGCGGGUCUGUGGGCGGUGGCGAGGGCUGGUGCGCGCGCGCGUCCCCCCACCGCGCUGGGCCGCGUUCGCUGCGCGACGCUGGCCACUGUACAGACCAUUGCUGGCUAAUAUUGACUGGCAUAAGAAAUACCAGUCCCUGGUGGAGUCAUGUUUCUGCCGCAACUGUCUGGUGCAGAUGUGCGUGCAGGCGCAACCCGCAGGCGAAGACAACGCCUGGCGACGCAACAGACUGCGUAUUGAGCUCAAGGUGCUGCGCAACGAUCCACCGGAGGGUAUAGCGGCUACACCGCUCGACCCCAAGUGCUGUCACUGGCAGGCCAGCGUCACGGGGCCAGUUGGCUCGCCAUACGAAGGCGGUUUAUUCUUCCUGUAUAUACAGGUGCCAUACUCCUACCCCAUGAGUCCACCUGUGGUACGGUUCCUAACGCGCGUGUUACACCCUAACGUGUCGCGGCACGGCGACGUCGGCAUCGACUCCGUGCACCACAACUGGUCGCUCGCGCUCACACUCAGCAAGGUGCUCAUCUCCAUACAGAGCCUGCUCACUGACCCCUACACUGAGGUGUGUAUGGAGCCAGCGGUCGGCGAGAUGUACGUCCGCGACCGCGCGCGUUUUGAGACGCUCGCGCGUCGUUGGACGUGGCGGUACGCCAUGCACGACAUACUACCCGAGUGAAGUUUUUUUUAAUAAAAAUCCGGUAAAGAAAUAGGCCCGAGUGACGUUUAUUUUUUUUAAUCUGGCAAACAAAUACUAGGCUGCCUGAGUGACGUUUAGUUUUUUUUUUUAAUUCGGCAAAGACAUAGACAAAUUAAAAGUAACCAAGGCCUUUAUUACCCUGGGUACUGUUUUGGAUGUUAUCGAUAAAGUAGUUAGAAAUUGACAUUAACCAAUCAACAACACUAUUGAAAUGAUAAACUCUUGUUACAAAAGCUAAGUAACUUGGUCAUAUUGUAUUGAAUCAAAAGCGAAGCUAAGAUUUAAAAAUGAAUUAGGAUUAAUCAAUCCUAUCACGUUUCAAAGUAUCUAGUAGGUCUACUUUCGAAAUUGCUUUAAAUGUAAUGUUGAUAAUGAUAUUAGCCUAAGUGUCUUGGCUUUUUAUUUACCCAGAUAAAUUAUAAUAAUGUCAGUCAAAAAGACCGGAUUAGGUAAAUUGUAAGACGUAUGUUACCCUACAAUUAAUAGAAAUCUAUUGACACAUUAUUUUUUAAACCAAAUCAGUAGUUUAGGCGCUAUGGUGGGAGAAAAUGAACAUAAAUAUACUUACUUAAAUUUAAAUAAUAUUAUGUAUACCGUUAUUUCAAGACAGCUGGUCUUGUGGCCCUAGAAUCUUAGAUUGUGAUGGUUCAAUGAAUUAUAACAUAAAUUCAUCUUCAU